CUGUCAAACAAAUAACAACAGUGAAAUCAAAAAAGUGAUUUUUUAAUAUAGUAAUUUAAAUAAAUCUAAAACUAAAUGGAUUAUGGAUAAAAAACAUAUAAAAGAAUUGGAAAAAUCACUUCAAAAAUGUUUACGACCCCUAGACGAACCAUACAAAAUUAAACAUGCCAUUAUUGUGAUUGAUAAAAUUCAUAUUCUUCAAAGCAGUGAACCCAUAUGGACAUUUGGACCAGUACAAAGUCUUACAGUAAAUCGUUUUACAACAUGGAAAUUUUGUUGUUUAAUGCAUAAGACAUUACAUGAAGGUCCAGCAAUCGCAUUACGCCAUUCUGUGUUAUAUUGUCAAAAAUUAAAACUAUGUGCCCAAUAUUGGUCAGCAAAGAAUGAUGCCAUGAGUCCCUGCAUUGCUUGGUAUUGCAAAGUUUUACAUAGAAAACUUUUAUUUCAUCAAGCAUAUAUGCAGUUUGCAGGCAAUUUGCAAUUGAAUUAUGAUGAACUCCUCCUAAGGGAUAUAGAUAUUUGUUUUCAACUCAGUUUAGAUUUGUUCGAUUAUCUAGAGGAUUUACUACAUUUGCAACGUGUCAUAUUUGCCAACAUGGAGCAAAAUCAAAUCACUGCAGCAUCUAAAAAAGGCAAGUGCCGUUUGGCAUCUCUUGUCACCAUAAUUGCCGAAUGUAAUUUACUAUAUCAGCAUUCUAUUACGAUUUUACGUUUAUUGCAUUUACAAUUAUCCCCAGAUGAUAUUUCCGGCUUUAGCAAACGUUUCGAUGAAAUCUUUAAAGAAUUGAAAUUGUUUUAUGAACAUGUGCAUACAAUACAAUUGCCAUGGGAUGAUUUUUUGGCAAUACCAAAAUUACCAGUGAUGCAACCUAAUUUGUAUACAUUUACAGAAAUCCAACAAGAACCAAGUGCACCGAUGAUAAGUGAUUUGGAAUAAUAACUAAGUAGAUUUAAGACAAGUUAUAAUAUAUUUUUUUUUGAUCAUAUUUGUAUGAUGAUUGUAUUUAGUAUAUUUAAGGCUGAAAAAGAGAUUUGUGUGUGUGUGAUUUUACACUAAAAUAAAUUUUAUUAUAAGAUUUUUAUUUAAGAAUUAA